AUGUGGUUCUGGCCAGAAACGAGUGAGGUUAAGAGUGAUUCGAAAGAAAGCCUAGAACUCUCUGUUCACAAGAUCUAUGAAGUUUUGGCUCGAAUUCCACCACGAGAUAUGCUAGCAUCUAUUUCAGCUAAGAUAGCUUUCAAUUCAACUAGAUUCGCUAAGCGGAUGGAACAAGACAGCAGUAAAGUUCCCUUUGGGAGAUCGACACUUUGCGUCACCAUUACUGCCCACCUGUUUCAAGGAAUGAGAUGGGAAAAGAAGAGAGAUUUUCUUAUCACUUGGUCACUUGAGUUUUUGGCUUGA